CGCACGUAGCCAGGACAUAUAUUUCUAGAAGUCCCGUCAAAACAAUAGAUACGGAAAACUUGUAAACCUUUAUUGUAGUCGUAGUUACGUAGUGUUCUGCAGUGACCGGUGUGCCAAUCAAUCUGCCUCUAAACCAGCGCUGUGUUGAACGGAUUUCGUUGAAAGCUGAAUCGCUCGGCUUACUCGGGAAGGAUACAAGUGUGGGCACAUUCCGUUGGUGUACGCUAUCUUCAGCUUCUCUUUUGCAAUAGUGAAGGAGUGUGAUUCAAUUAUUAAUACAGUGACGAUGCGUUGCUCGGUGUGUAAUUACUAUUCGUGGAGUUACUUUAUCGCGUUCGGAGAAAUCUUCAUCUCCUUCCACAUUGCCCGAGCCUUCCUGCACUGUGCACGGUCGACAAGCUUUUCGCAAAAGCUAGCUUGCGAUGGUGUUGAGCCUAUCAUCGUAUUGCUGGUGUUGUACAAUUUGCUUUCUCUGUUACUUAUCAUCGGUGUUACAAAGCGCAAUGAAAAAUUACUACAGAUUUAUCAAACCUGCACAAUUACCCUCAAAGCAUCGGCUAUCGUGCGACGGAUAGUGCUCAGCGCGACCGAGUAUGACGGAAGGAAUGAUGGUAAAACGAUAACAGAGAUUAAACUUAUCAUCGUGUUUACGUUAAUAUUCACCCUGGAAGCGCUCGUGGUUGCCGGUGCCUGUCGGAAAAUGCGUCGCGAACAACAGGAGCAGCUGUACUACAUAGAUGUGGUCUAGUGGCGUCCCGAUAAAGGAGCUGGACAACCACAUCUGGAGCAAUGCUAAGGGAAAUGCAGGCUGGUCAUUGCAUCUUACCCGUCCGUCCGUCUGUCGCACUGUAGCAAUCGCGGUAAAAUAUCGGGGGUUGUCAAAGGAAGCUGUUGCCAAAGGAUGUUUCAGUUCGUCAAACAGGCCGCCGCCUUGGACUGUUCAAUGUCAUUCCAUCCACUCCGGGAGUGUACCGCUACCGAUGGACACGUUUGCAAUUAAAACCCAUUCAACACAUAUACCUUGCAUAUAUUUACAUUUAACAAUCGCGUCGUACGUGCUUCUUAGAGGAUUAUACAGCGGUGAGAACUUAAUGAUACAA